AUGUAAUAAAGUUAAAGAAAAUUCUAGGCUAUGUUUAAAAGAGUAAAAGAGCGUUCAGUUUAAAUGGCAGUAGAAAAAGUAGAAGAAUGGAGACAUCUUUUUGCAAAUGGCAAAGUGGAUAACUAAGGAAAACUUAAAAAGCUAACACUUUAAUAGGCAGCAGAAGAAGUAGGAAUUCCUAAAAAAACCUUAGAAGAUUAUUACCAAUUGAUAAAGUAUUGAAUAACAUAAAUAUUUAGAAAAGCAAAAGAAAUCUAGCCAAUUGAAUAGUUAUAUGAUCAAAAAAUGGGAUACUUAAGGUAACUCAUAAAAUAGAGUUAAAAUUUUAAAUAAAAUGCAAUAGAAAUAGAAACUGAGGAAUAAAAAUAAGUUUAUUCUGAUGAUAAUGAUGACAUACCAUAUCAAAAUUAAUAAACAGAAUUAGAUUACGAAGAUUACUUUAACCUUGAGAAUGAAUAUAAUUAUGAUCAGAAUUCUCUCGUAAUGAUGGUUCAAACUAGACCUUAAAUAACUAUGAUUCAUCCAAAGAAAUCUGACCCUUGGGAAAAUGAAACAUUAAGUUGUGAUUCUGGUUAAGAAACUGAUGAUGAAGAUUUCUGAACUCUUUGAUUUAAA